AUGGACGUCGAGGAGUCUCCGUGGGCUGACUCGACCCAGACCACUGGCGCUUCGCAGGGCGACGCACUCGGCUCCCCGCCGGCGUCCGCCACAGCGCCGACCGCCAGCACCUCGUCCCCGUCGGCCGGACGCUCCGCCCGCGGCCCUCGUCGCCUUAUCGCGCAGCCGACCCGUCUCGAGGCCGUCGAGGACCCCCUCGGACCGCUAAGCGCCUCCAACGACGAUGACGACGGCUCCGGUCCCACCGAGGCGACGCCCCCGGUCCCGCCGCAAAAGGAGCAGCUGGUGAUGCGCACGACGAUGCCGCCGCAGCAGCAGCACGCCCAGCCCCGGCGACCGGCCGACCCGCACCGCAUCGAUGACGACAACACCGACGCCGCCGGGUUCAGGGGCCCCCGCGUGCCGCCGCCCGUGGACGCCGCCGUGCCCAGCGCCUACCAGAGCAGCCAGCAGCCCAGCGUCAGCGUGGAGCAGGCCGCCAAGCCUACCUUUCACAUCAGCGUCGGGGAUCCGGUCAAGAUUGGAGAUCUGACGAGCUCUCAUAUCGUCUACUCUGUGCGGACAAAGACCACGUCCCGCGCGUACAAGCAACCCGAGUUCGAGGUGAAGCGUCGGUACCGGGACUUCCUCUGGCUAUACAACUCGCUUCACACAAACAACCCCGGCUACGUGGUCCCGCCGCCGCCCGAGAAGCAGGCCGUCGGCCGCUUCGACAGUAACUUUGUCGAGGCCAGACGCGCGGCCCUGGAGAAGAUGCUCAACAAGGUGACCGCGCACCCGACCCUGCAACACGACGGCGAUGUCAAGAUCUUCCUGGAGAGCGAAGCCUUUAAUGUGGACGUGAAGCAAAAGGAGCGCCGUGACCCGCUUCCCUCGGAGAGCAAGGGCGUGCUGGGCUCGCUGGGCAUCAACGUCGGCGGCGGCAGCAAGUUCGUCGAGCAGGACGACUGGUUCCACGAGCGCAAGAUCUACCUGGACGCGCUGGAGAACCAGCUGAAGGGCCUGCUCAAGGCCAUUGAGACCAUGGUCGGGCAGCGCAAGAUGAUGGCCGAGGCAGCCGGCGAGUUCUCGGCGUCACUGCACGCGCUGUCGACGGUGGAGCUGUCGCCGUCGCUAUCGCAGCCGCUGGAUGCGCUCUCGGACCUGCAGCUGACGAUCCGCGACGUCUACGAUCGGCAGGCGCAGCAGGACGUGCUGACGUUUGGCAUCACGAUCGAGGAGUACAUCCGGCUCAUCGGCUCCGUCAAGCAGGCGUUUGGCCAGCGGCAAAAGGGGUUCUACGCGUGGCACUCGGCCGAGUCAGAGCUGCAGAAGAAGAAGGCGACGCAGGACAAGCUGCUGCGCCAGGGUAAGAGCCAGCAGGACCGCCUGAAUCAGAUGAACGUCGAGGUGGCCGAAGCAGAGAAGAAGGUGCACCAGGCCAGGCUCCUGUUUGAGGACAUGGGCCGCUGCCUGCGCAGCGAGCUGGACCGCUUCGAGAGGGAAAAGGUGGAGGAUUUCAAGAGCGGCGUCGAGACCUUUUUGGAGAGUGCGGUGGAAGCACAGAAGGAGUUGAUUGAAAAAUGGGAGACGUUCCUGAUGCAGCUUGACGCCGAGGAUGACGCGUCGGCAUUCUACAAGCCCCCGGUAUACCAGAGCGCGAAGAAGGGUACAGGUGACACGGCGAUUGACCGUGCGAGAGCGCGAAUGGACGAAGACUCUGAUUAA